AUGCAUUUGUCAAUGGAUACCUUGGCAAUGGUGGAAGAUGGUUGCCUAGACAACUAUGACAUGGCAAAAGGCGCCGCCGGGUCCAGCUCCGGGGGCAGGGUACACAGCAUCGAUGUCAUCCUGGGCUUCGCUAAGGAACAGGACACUUUGCUUCACCAUCACGCCGUCCACGAACACGACGAGGAAGACAGCGAGCACCGGCAGAAAGCCACGCGGGAAAACUCGCAACUUGACAAGCACGAUCCCUAUGGGCAUCUUUCGGAAUUGGGUGACAACUCCCAACAUCCGUCCUAUCACGCAUCAGACCUCUUCUCCACCGACAAGUGCAAUGGGGAGAUGAGCAGCAUGCAAAAGGAACUGGAAGAGGAUUCCCCGAAGGGCAUUACGGAGGAAGAGCACGGCAAGAAGAAGCACCGCAGGAAUCGGACCACAUUCACCACCUAUCAGCUGCAUGAGUUGGAGCGCGCCUUCGAGAAGUCACACUACCCUGAUGUAUACAGCCGUGAGGAGCUGGCUAUGAAGGUCAACUUGCCUGAAGUCCGGGUGCAGGUCUGGUUCCAGAACAGGCGGGCCAAAUGGCGACGACAGGAGAAAAUGGACUCCACCAACAUGAAGCUGCAUGACUCCCCCAUGCUUUCCUUUAACCGGCCCCCAAUGGCGACCAGCAUGGGGCCAGUGGCUAACCCAAUGCCCCUGGAUCCCUGGCUCACCUCGCCGAUCUCCAGCACUCCGCCCAUGCAUGCCAUCCCAGGAUUCAUGGGCUCACCACAGGGCCUGCAGCCAGCCUAUCCGACCCACAGCUUCCUCGGCGGACCGCCUGGCCUGGUGCAGGGUAUGCAGCCCAUUGGCGGGCCGCCACCCUACCAGUGCCCACCCAGCUUCAAUGACAAAUAUCCUAUAGAGGACGACAGGAGCUCCAGUAUCGCAGCACUCAGGAUGAAGGCCAAAGAGCACAUUCAGUCCAUGGAUAAAACCUGGCAACACAUGUGA